CGAACCGUCAGAGCAUGUAAACAUUAGCCUCACGUGAGAAAACUGGAGAAAGUAAACCACAAGUGGCUACUCUAUUACAAGGAAAGCCGAAGGGUCUAGAAUUUGGUAAGACAAAAGCAGUAGAAUAAAAUAAAAAUGUUGACACCAAAGUUCGAGGUGAAACAAGAUGAAAAGCAAAUAAUUAUUACGGUGUUUGCUCCUUAUGCAAGAAUUUCUGAUGCUGAAGUCAAUAUUGAUGAAGAUACGUUCACAUUUUAUUCCUCUCCGUAUUAUCUAAGACUCACCUUCUCAGGGAAGCUGACUGAUAGCGAAUUAGAGAGAUACACAGCCAAGUUUGAUGCUGACCAAGGAGCUUUUGUAAUCCAGUGUGAGAAGCAGGUCCCCGGGGAGCAUUUUGCUAACCUGGAUAUGUUGACUACCUUAUUGGCACCUCAAGGGGCAUCAAGUGUUAAGAAGCCUCUGAUUGAAGUUGUUGGUGGGAAUGAUGAUGAAGCAGGUGAUGAGGAGGAGGAAGAAAACAUUGACUGGUUUCUUGAACAAACGCUCCCUGAUGAAAAUGUGGUCACAGCAGGACAUAAGUAUGGUUUUGCCAACAAAGACACAGGUGUCUUUACUGCACUGCAGAAUGAGUUGAAGGGUGUCAUUGAUAUAGCAGACCCAGACAACAAAUCAGCAAGUGCUCGAAGGAAGGAACGCAUUGCCUGUGAGCAGAGUGUUUUUGAUGAGGACCACUAUCUUGCAGAUUACUUUGAGAUGGAUACAGUCAGAGAAUACCUUGAGUUUAUACCUGAAUUUUACAGUGUUACCUCAGAUGAAGUUGAGUUAGAUGAGGUAGAUAAAGAAGAUCUUCUUAAGCUUCCACGAAAAGAGCAUCUCUUGGAUAAAGGAGCUAAAUCCAUAGUUUAUCUUGGACUUGUGGACAUUCUGUAUAGUUGGUGCUACAACCAUAGGAUAACACUGGGAGAGAACUGUCCCGAGUCAGCAUGGAACAUUGCAAAACUAAGUGCUACUCUUUCAUGGCUUGAUUCAUUUACACACCUGAGGGAUGUUGUCACCAGUUCCAUGUGUCGGUCACUCAUAUAUCCUCUAAUAAGAAAUUGGCAGUUGUCUAAGGAAGUUUUAAAAGACACUAUCCAAAUUUUGACUCUAGGAAGAAAAAAGGUGUUACACUGUCUUCUUGAAAUACAACGAGAAUUCAAUAAUUCAGAGCCAAGAUAUCUCCUCAACCAGCUUUAUAUCACAGACUACUGCACCUGGAUUCAGACGGUGAAGAACGACAAGUUGAUAAGUUUGGCAGAUUCUCUAAAAAAGGUAAAUAUAGCCAAGAAAGAUGUUGGCCUCGAACUAGAAGAUUUAGAAGUUGCUGCUCACCUUGUCCUGGAGGAAGAAAGUGCCAAUAGCCCAGUUGACAACAUGAAUAAUCUGGCUACACAGAUGGGAGAUAUGACCAUCAUAGAGAAUGGAGCAGCUCUAGGGGUUAACGAAAAUGAAUUUGAUGAGAAUGUUGACAUGUUGAAUAACCAGAGAAGAUCAAACCUCAUUCAUAUAAGUGACAGUGACUCGUCAAGUAGUGACAGUGACAGCGAUGAGGACAGUGAUGAUGACACUGACACUAGUGACUCCAGUGAUGAGGACUCAAGUGACGACUCAGACCAAGAUGAAUCAACUUCUGAUUCCUCUGAUUUAGAUUCUGACGAUGACACUUUGUCCGAGAGUGAAGAAUCUUAGCUGUUGACCUUGUGAUUGGCAAGUUUUUCACAUAUUCUCCAUGUGUUAAAAAGAAACAGGAACAGUAAUAAAGUCUAAAUUGAACAUGUUUACAUAGUUCUUUCAAUAAUGGGCCACAGGAUAUCACAGAUGCCACUACCUAGCAAUCUUUCAGACAUGGGAAUACAGUACUGCUUUCUGUUGCAUGCUGGUGUUAGCAAGAGUUUAGUGAGUCCUUUUUUUAAGCAUGCAUGCAUAUACACAAUUAAGUAAAUAAGGGUAGCAUCUAUGUAUAUAUCAAAGUUUUGUGCAUGAAUGGGUCUAGAAAUGGCAAAGGUUGAAAAUCAAAAUACAUGAAGAGAUUAACUUCCCAUACUUUUGGGCCUGUAUAUAGAAUCUGUAUUACAUCAGGAAGUAUUAA